GUUGACCACAUGGGGUCGCCAUCGUGCAGAUUGUGUUUUUCUUCUCAGCCGACUGCUAGCGGUGACAUCAGUCCUAGCAGUGCAGGCUGUAAACUCAUAGACUCGGCUGCGCUGCACAGAGAUGGCGUCCCUUCUACAGCCAGAUAGAGUUGUCUAUCUGGUUCGUGGAGAGAAAAGGAUCAGAGCCCCUUUAUCCCAACUAUAUUUUUGUCGUUACUGUAGCGAGCUACGGUCUCUGGAAUGUGUGUCUCACGAGGUGGACUCCCACUAUUGUCCAAGCUGUCUGGAGAACAUGCCAUCUGCAGAGGCCAAACUUAAGAAGAAUAGGUGUGCAAAUUGUUUUGAUUGCCCAUGUUGCAUGCACACACUGUCUACUCGGGCCACCAACAUCCCAGCUCCUCUGCCUGAUGAUCCCACCAAGACGGCCAUGAAGAAGGCCUACUACCUGGCCUGUGGCUUCUGUCGCUGGACCUCCAGGGACGUGGGGAUGGCUGACAAAUCAGUUGCCAGUGGUGGAUGGCAGGAGCCAGAAAACCCUUAUACUCAGCGGAUCAACAAGCUGAUCGAGUAUUACCAGCAGCUGGCUCACAGAGAGAAGCAGGAUAGAGAUCGGAAGAAGCUGGCCCGGAGACGACAGUGCAUGCCUCUGGCCUUCUCGCAACACACUAUUCAUGUGGUGGAAAAAUAUGGCCUUGGAACUAGACUUCAGAGGCAGAGGUCUGGAGCCCCCAUAUCAAGCCUGUCCGGCCUUACCCUUAAAGAGGGUGAAGACCAGAAGGAGAUCACCAUCGAACCUGCACAGGCCCUGGAUGAAGUGGAGCCCCUGCCUGAAGACUGUUAUACCAGGCCCAUCAGCUUACCAGAGGUCACCACGCUGCGCCAGCGUCUUCUGCAGCCGGACUUCCAGCCUGCAGGAGCGUCUCAGCUCCACCCAAGACACAAGCACCUGCUGAUGAAGCGCUCACUGCGCUGCAGGAAAUGUGAGCACAACUUGAGCAAGCCAGAGUUUAAUCCUACUUCAAUCAAGUUUAAAAUCCAGCUGGUGGCUGUGAGUUACAUCCCUGAAGUGAGAAUUAUGUCCAUUCCAAACCUCCGGACCAUGAAGGAGAGCCAAGUGCUGCUGACCUUGACCAACCCUGUGGAGAACAUCACGCACGUCACACUGGCUGCUUGUGAGGACGAGGAUCCUGACGAUAUCAACAGCACUGCUAAGGUUAUGGUACCCGGCAAAGAACUGGUGUUGGCGGGAAAGGAUGCUGCCGCUGAAUACGAUGAGCUGGCUGAACCUCAAGACUUCCAGGAUGACCCAGAUGUCGUUGCCUUCAGGAAAUCCAACAAGAUUGGUUUCUUCAUCAAAGUGAUCCCCCAGAAAGAGGAGGACGGGGACGUCACCGUUUCAUUUAAGAUCCGACACGACUUCCGCAACCUCGCGGCACCCGUCAGGCCGAGCGAAGAGGGGGCUGAAAUCCCUGCUGAGGCAAUUUGGCUCACUCACCACGUGGAGCUGAGCUUGGGACCGCUCGCUCCCUGAACACAAAUACUUCUACUAUCACACAGUCUUAGUGUUGGGUUCUUUGAACUACUUUCUGUAAACUGUGGGAUGCUUUUAGUUUUUAAAUGAUUUCUGAUUCUGCUUAUUGUCAUGUAAGAGCUAUUUGUGAUCUGUUUGGCAUACAGUUGUUUCGGAUCUUUAGCUCAAGGUGCGUCACCAAAUACAUUGUGGGACAUUGAGAUAGCUGAGUUUAUAAAACUACCUGAAACCAUGACUGACUGCAGACUGAUAAUUGCUUAAGAUCUUACUUGAUUGACUGAUUUAUUUUUCUUGUUUCCAAAAAAGCAAGUGAUAUACUGUAUUUUUACAUCAUCAUUCUCCACAGCUUAAACACUAUCAUUUUCAUAAAUAGCCCCUUUACUUUGAGUCAUCUACAGGAUGCAGAACCUUAUAUAUAUAUAUAUAUAUAUAUAAACUUAAAAUUACAAAUAAAAAAUGUGUAUGCAUACAGUGCAACUAUGUAUGUUUUGUGUUCAUUGUAAUGGCUCUGGAUGUUUCCUUUAGUGGUAUGGUUGAUCUUUUUAUUGUAUGUGGAAAACAGUGAUUAUAUUAUUAUAACACCAUUGACAUUACAGAAACAGAAAUUGUGCGAUGAGCAGAAUCAGAAAUCCUAAAUGAGAAAAAUCUGAACAUUUCCCGCCUGAGCAGUAAUCUCUUCUGCGCUUUCAGCUUAUGUAUCCCCGUCAACAUCCUUUAACGCAGACUGUAAUAUUGUAUUAACUCGCAUGCUUCAACGUUAGUGAAUAUCGCACAUGUAAGACAAUAUCAUCAGUUACUGUUUUCUUCUUUGAAAGGCUUUUUUUGAAGGUGACACCUGCUCAUACAGUAACCCUUACUGGCACUUUGGAGAAGAGGAAGCUCUGUAAAUGACAUUAAGUGUUUAUUAUUUAAAUGUACUCAGACACUAUCUUUUUUUUUUUUCUGAUUAAAAAAAAAAAGUAUCCUCCUGGUUUGUAGAAGUCACUGACCUCUAUCGGUGUAUAAGUAAACAAGCUGCUGUCAUAUUUGGUCUCCAGUGUGUUAGUAGAACAGAGCCUUACAACACAGUUAAUCUUCUGUACUGGCUAAUAAAAUAAAGUGAUACUGAAACACA